CGGGCGCGGAGGUGCUGCCUCGCUCCCUGGAUGCGCUCAGGCCGGUGCCGGGAGCGGAACGAAGCGCUGCCCGCGGCCGCCCCGCCGAGACUGCGCGGUGCGGGGUGUCCCCUGGUCCAGCAUGGAGUACUCAGUCCUGGGCAUCCUGGUGCCGCUGCUCGGCUGGUUCCUCUCCGCGGCAUCCAGCACACGCCCAGAGUGCAUCAUCAUGCAGGAGAUCGAGGAGGAACGGAGCCAGUGCUUUGCAGAUCUCAUGGGGAAUAACCAGACUUCAGGUUGCAGAAGGCAGUGGGACAACAUCACAUGCUGGCCUGAGGCCGAGGUGGGAGAAGUUGUGGUGAGGCCAUGCCCAAAGUACUUCAGAUUCCUCACCACUUUUCUUGGGAAUGUGACCAGGAAUUGUACAAGCCAGGGCUGGUCAGAUGUGUACCCUGCACCAUAUGCUGUAGCUUGUGGAUACGAUUCCAACAGUACUCCAGGGGAAGAGCAAACGGCAUUCUACGGCACAGUCAAGACUGGCUACACCAUUGGGCACACGCUCUCGCUCAUUGCUCUGACAGCUGCUAUGAUCAUUUUAUGUCUCUUCAGAAAACUACACUGUACUCGGAAUUAUAUCCAUAUGCAUCUCUUCAUGUCCUUCAUCAUGAGAGCCAUUGCAGUCUUCAUAAAAGAUGUCAUCCUGUUUGAAAGUGGAGAAUCUGAACACUGCUUUGUGAGCUCAGUAGGCUGCAAAGCCAUGAUGGUUUUCUUCCAGUACUGUGUCAUGGCCAACUUCUUCUGGCUCCUUGUGGAGGGGUUGUAUCUUCACACCCUGUUGGUCAUCUCCUUCUUCUCAGAGAGGAAGUACUUUUGGUGGUACAUCCUGAUUGGCUGGGGUGCCCCCUCCGUGUUCAUCACUGCUUGGACUGUUGUCAGGAUUUACUUUUUCGACGUUGGGUGCUGGGAGGAAAUAGUGGAAUCCCCAUUCUGGUGGAUCAUUAAAACUCCUAUUUUGGUGUCUAUUUUGGUGAACUUCAUUCUCUUCAUCUGCAUCAUUCGCAUCUUAGUGCAGAAGCUGCACUCUCCUGACGUUGGGCACAGUGAAACCAGCCAGUAUUCGAGGCUGGCCAAGUCCACCUUGCUGCUGAUCCCUCUCUUUGGCAUUCACUACAUCAUGUUUGCUUUCUUCCCUGACAAUUUCAAAGCAGAAGUUAAACUGGUCUUCGAGCUCGUGGUUGGGUCAUUCCAGGGAUUUGUGGUGGCUGUUCUGUACUGCUUCCUGAAUGGAGAGGUGCAAGCUGAACUGAAGCGCAAGUGGCGGAGGUGGCACCUGGAGCGGUUCCUGGGCUCGGACAUGAAGUACCACCACCCUUCCUUAGGCAGCAAUGGAACUAACUUCAGCACCCAGAUCUCCAUGCUGACCAAGUGCUCACCAAAGACACGCCGGUGCUCUGGCUUCCAGGCUGAAUUCUCCCUGGUGUGAUGGGGAGAGGCUCUCCAAGCACUGGACACCCAGCAGAAACACCGAAAGGCAGGAGGAUCCCCAGGAAGCAGUGCUGGGAUGACAAACCCUUGUGAGCUGACAGGCUCCACGUGAGCCAACAGAGGACACAAAACUGGAACAGCCACUGGCAUCCAGGACAAGAUCAGACAAGCCAAGGGGCAGAGAAAUCCUUUUCCUCUUCCUCUUUUAGGACCUUCAGCUCUGAAGUUUCAAUCCCUCAGGGGUUGAUAACUACGAGUAAAGGUCCCAUUCAUUUGAGGAGAGCCUGGGAGAUCCUGGUGUGUCCUACAUCGUGAAGUAUGGGGGGUAAGGGAGGGGAGAGCCUGAGUCCUUGGUGGCUUUCCCAGAACCGGCAUCUCUGACACAGACCAUUUGCACUUUGUAACAAAUGAGCCAGUAAAGGAGAGAGGGAGGCAAGAAGCAGGAAAAAACCCAAACUGUGCCAAACCUAUGAAUGUGCUGAAAGCCUUCCUUGAUAAGAGGUGACAAUAAGGUACCAAAGGCAGACUUGGGCGCACAGAGAGAAGGGACAGGAGUAACAUGAGCAGGAAGGGGAGAGGCCAGCAGACGGUCCCUGCCUCAGCGUUUCACACAUGUGAAGGUGAAGCUGCAGUACCAGGAAAGCCCCUGAGAGGAGUUCCCUGUAUGUUGUGCUAAUUGCCCACCAAUCCUCGUUAGCAAAAGCUUUCCAAGCACCUCUGGAAAAGCAGGUGGCUGAGAAGGACCAGCUUGAAUGCCCUUCUCUGCCCUGUGUUCAUGACAUUGUGUUUUGGUUGGUUGUUUUCGAGGAGCAGAAAGCUCCAUUUGCAUGGAUAAAACCCAGGUACAGGUGCCAAAAAAGGGAGCCUGGCUGUGGUGGUUCUUCUUUUGAAGGCCACCCAGAGAUCUUGGUGCAUUAAGGCAGGCAGGGUCAUUAGGGAUGAAGGGAAAACAUUUGGUCUGUGAUUCAUUUGCACUUGUUUAGCACACACUGCCAGGGAAGGGAGAUGUAGAACCCUGCAAUUCUUGAUUGAAUCAGACCUGCCAUGAGGAGCCACUGUCCAGAGGAAAAGAAAUCGUGUCCCAGCAGCAAGCAAAAUGGUUUUCAUCAGGACAAGGUUGUCUUAGCGUAUAACUGGCACUCUGGGAGUCAGGAAGGGGUGGAGGAGCUAUUAAGCUGAUUUCUCCUUCAUCUUUUGGAGGGAGCUUUCCUCCUGUGACGAAGGCAUUGGGAGAUCUUUACGAUGUGUUUUACCUCUUUUCUGAAGGCAAUCCUUAUUUGAGGAAUGCACAGAGAUGCUGUUAAAACCAAGGGAAAUGUAACUUUAUUCUUUUGUUGGCUUGGUGGAGGGGUAAAAGGAAAGUGUGAAACCAAAUCCUACUCAGAUAGGCCAGGCUGGCAGCUUGCAGUGCAUCACAGGCAGCUCAUGCUCCAGGUAUGCGUUUGAGACAAUCUCCUACAGCCCCAGGCUCAGGCAGAAGAUAGACAAUUCGAAGACUGAACAAUGGGAAGAAGUUCUUUGGACAUUAGGAGUAAGUUUUUUUCAGUAUGAGGGUGGUGGAACACUGGAACAGGUUGCUUAGGGAGGUGGAGGAGGGCCCAUCCCUGGAGACAUUCAAGAUCAGGCUUGAUGGAGCUCUGAGCAACCUGAUCUAUUUGAAGAUGCCCCUCUUGACUGCAGGAGGUUGGACUAGGGGAGCUUUAAAGCUCCCUGCCAACCCAAUGCAUUCUAUGGUUCUAUGACAGACAAGACAAGGAUGCAGAUAUGCCUAUUUGUGUCCCACCCAACUGCAUCACUCAGGGUUGCAGCAGUUUUAACCUGGGUGUGGGAAAUCCCUGCCCAGCUCGCAUACAAACUCACCAAGCACUAGAACAGGCUGCCCAGGGAAGUGGUGGAGUCACCACCUCUGGAGACACUCAAAAAACCAUGCAGAUAUGGCACUUUGGGACAUGCUUUGGUGGUCAUGGUGUUAUUGGGUUGACAGCUGGACUUGAUGAUCUUAGAGGUCUUUUUCCAACCAUAAUGAUUCCAUGACUCUAAUAAUUGGGCUGCUGCCAUCCUACUGUAAUGCAUCGUAGCACAGUCCUCAGGAAGGAGAGUCUAGGUCACCAAUGCACAUGGAGAGGAAGGAACUUAGGCACCAGGUACCAACAGCACCUGGACUCCUUUGUGAUGAAAUGCAGUUCACUGAAGCAUCUUUAACUCAGCCGGUUUGGGAUUUGUUUUACUUGCUUGUUUUGCUUGCCUUAAGCAUCUGUGGUUCAUUGCCAACAAAUCAGACAGAGCACAAGAGAAGAGGUGAAGAUCUGGGCAUCCAGAUCUUCUUUUUGUUCUGGAGGGGGGAGUGGUUGCUCCAUGCUGUAACCCUCCCCAGAGCUAUAUCUGGUAUGAUCUGAGCUGAAUGCUUCCAGAGUACUUCUCCACAUCCAACACUGAGAAUAGCAUAGAAGACUGAAGCGAAUAAGAGGCAGGAGAUACUCUGAUACAGCUGCUGGGAAGGAUGGACAUGAGGCCAUGAAUUUUCAGUGAGCUAGAUCAGAUGCUGUCCCAGUGGCUACUCAGCCUACCAAACCUAAGAGGAUAGAUAGGUUGUGUGAAGAUGAGCUUGGUAGUCCUGGAAUUAAAGUGUGGUCAAGAGCCCAGGCUAGCUAGGUGCAAACCAUCUUUGCUAUGGCUCCAUUACACUGAAGCUGUGUCGUUAGCACUUAGAACCCAUCACUGAUGUGCCAUAAGACCAUCAAAGCUCUCUUUCAGCAGCUCUCUAAUUCCCCAAAUCCAGAGGAUCAGAUGCUUGAUGUUUCCCCAUGUUGCUUGCAUUUCCAGUGCCCUUAUGCUGUGACAGCCCAGGGAAGAGGUCCCAUGGAAAUAUCCAUGAGGUUCUCAGAAGCAAGGACCCUCUGUGUUUAGUGCUGGAGUUGCCCUGGUGAGUGCUUUC